GCGGCCGCGGCCGAGGCGCCGGGCGCCGGCGCGGGCAUGGAGCGCUCGCAGAGCCGCCUCAGCCUGUCAGCCUCCUUCGAGGCGCUCGCCAUCUACUUCCCGUGCAUGAACUCCUUCGACGACGAGGACGCGGAAGGGGACAGCCGGAGGCUGAAGGGGGCCAUCCAGAGGAGCACAGAGACGGGCCUGGCGGUGGAGAUGCCCAGCCGGACACUGCGCCAGGCCAGCCACGAGUCCAUCGAGGACAGCAUGAACAGCUACGGCUCAGAGGGCAACCUUAACUACGGGGGAGUCUGCCUGGCAUCGGAUGCCCAGUUCAGUGACUUCCUGGGCAGCAUGGGACCAGCGCAGUUUGUGGGCCGCCAGACCCUGGCCACCACGCCGAUGGGAGACGUGGAGAUCGGCUUGCAGGAGCGGAAUGGACAGCUGGAAGUGGACAUUAUCCAGGCUCGGGGGCUGACGGCCAAGCCAGGCUCCAGGACGCUGCCAGCGGCCUACAUCAAGGCCUAUCUGCUGGAGAAUGGCGUUUGCAUUGCCAAGAAGAAGACCAAAGUCGCUCGCAAGUCACUGGACCCACUGUAUAACCAGGUGCUGCUGUUUCCUGAGAGUCCCCAGGGCAAAGUCCUGCAGGUGAUCGUGUGGGGGAACUACGGCCGGAUGGAGCGGAAGCAGUUCAUGGGAGUGGCCCGCGUGCUGCUAGAGGAGCUGGACUUGACCACCCUGGCCGUGGGCUGGUACAAGCUCUUCCCCACCUCCUCCAUGGUGGACCCAGCCACAGGGCCUCUGCUCCGGCAGGCAUCCCAGUUGUCCCUUGAGAGCACCGUGGGGCCCUGCGGCGAGCGAUCUUAAUGCCGGGGAUGGGGAGGGGCUCCCCGAGAUGGCCUGGAGACCACCCAGCCCCGACCUGGGACCCCAGGCCCAGGGGCACCUGGAACAGAGGAGGAUGGAGUUCUCCCCCACAGUGGGGAAGCAGAGCGGGGAGACCUGCCCCCCUUGAGACCCUCCUCACCCCUUCUUUGCCUCCUGUCCCGACACCUUUCCUCUCCCAACGGGAUUGGCUGCACUUUUGACUUGGUUGGUUCUUGACCUGGUGGAUGUGGCUGCAAUCCGGAGAAGGGAAAGACUGAGGUGGCAGAGCACACCAUUCUCCUGCCCCAGACACUGUCUGACCGUUCCCCCUUUUUGCCUCCUCGGAAGCUCGCUGCCCAGAGCCAAGUCCAGAACCCAGCGGCCAUCUCCAUGGUGCCAAUUACCAGCAAGUGUCUUUCCUGCGGCACCGGGUUCAGGCAGCUACACCUGCCCCAAAGCUGAUGGGGCAGCUUUGCAAGGAUCCGGAGCCAGCUCCGGGGGGCCCAGAGCCCCCCACUUGAAGAGGAGCUCAGGCCUCCCUCCACCUGCCCGUGGAAGGAGCUUUGCCGCAGCCUGUCCGAGUCCAUCUGUCUGUCCCCUCCUGCCUGCCCCUCUUCUGGUGGCUCUAGGAAUUGGGGUCCAGCAGGGACCAAAGGAAAGGAGGAGGUGCCCAGGGCCUGGCACAGACCCCCAGGGUGCCUUACUCUGUGGGAUUGCAACAGGUUACUUUGGAAACUAUUGGACUGGAAAGAACUGUCAUCUGGGUUUUGGUGGAGGAGCUAUAGGACCCUGAUUUUCCAGAACCCCAAGCCCAGAGAGCUCACCAUCUCUGUAUUUUGGGGUGCUGGAUUGGAGAGGGAGUCUGGGGAAAGCUGGGAGUAGGACUGGUGGUGCCAAGGUGAGGGUUUCCCAAAUAGGGGAAUCCCUUCUUAUUGGAUGAGGUCAAAGGUCAUCUUGUCUACCCCUCUGCCUCCAGGCGAGGGGUCUGGGGAGGCAACAGAGCUCCCCUAUUUUAGUCUUUUUAAACAAACCAUGUGUACUAAGGGCAGAACCCUCUGCCCCGGCCUCCAUUCCCUUGGCUUAAGGAGAGAAGGAGAGUGUGGAGGUGGUGAGUCUAAGAACUGGGACAUUCCCUCUCAAGCAGACUUGGGUAGCUGCCUUCCUGGCCCAGCCCUCCCCAGGGCUUCCCUUAGGAAGCCCUUUUGCAUGCCGAGGAGGACGCGGGCUGGCCCCUCUUUAUAGAAGCACAUUUCUGCCACCUCCCCUGGGAGGCACCCAGCAGCCCACCACCCCUUAUUAUUACCCAGUCCCUGCUGUGUAGGGCGUAGGCCAGGUUAGCUGGGUAGAGUUAGUGUUCCACGCCCUGGGGCCUGUUCUUAGCUUGCAUAUAGUUCUCACGGAGUCCCAGGAUGGGGUGGAGAGGAGACGCAAGUGCAUUCCAGGAGACCUCUGUCUCCUCGCUGGCCCGGGCCUGGCGCUCAGGAGGCCAGCCCUCCUCCUUCCCCUGCCUUCCCCUGCUCCUGUAGGGUUCUAGCUGGAGCUGCCCCCUAUACUCAGAUGUUCUGAUUUAUUACCCUUGGUACUGAUUUUAUUUAUGAAGCACUCCUGAGGAUCUGGUCCUUGGUGGAGGGGGUCUGGGCUCCAUUAAGAGGGGUCUUAUUCCACUGAGGAUACCCGGCUGUGUCUGGUCCCAACUUGUCCCUGGUUCCACUCUAGGCUACUGACCAGGCGAUCCCUUCACCUGGCAUUCCUCCCCUCACCCCCACCCCCACCCCCAGCCUAUUUGAGCCCUGGGCAUCCUUUAAAGUCUGGUUGGGUUCAGUUGCCUCCAUGGAGUUUCUCACACUGCACUGGGAAGGGGUGAUGGAGAAUCCCCUUCAUCCAGGAGACCUUCGGAGCUCCCUGGGUUUGAGGGGGUGGAACCCCAAGACUGGGACAGGAGGCAGCCGGGCUCUGGGUGGACUGGCAUCUGAGGCCCAAGAUCAGCCCUUCCUCCAUUUUUUUUUUUUUUAACCCAUGUGACUUCUCUGCUGUCUGUGUAUUACUCGCCAUUUGGAAUAUUUUGAGCCAAGAGAGUGCCUCCCCUCUCUCUGCAGCCAUCACCACUCUGGUUGUUCAGAGGUAGUUUUCAAAGACAGGAAGAACCUGGCUGUCCCAUCCUAAGGGACAGGGGGCUCAGGGGGCCCCGCAGCCUGAACCCGCCCUCUGGUGUCUGCACAGCCUUUAUAAAGAGAGAGAGAGAGAGAGCUCCAAAGCAAUAACACCAUCCUGGGGGUGGUCCCUAAGGGCCCCCUCACUGACUUUCUUGUUUGUUUUGUGACAUCUCAGCUCACCUCCUGGAGGGGUGGGAUGAGUGGGGGCUGGAGCCCUGUUUCUUUGUAUCAUCAUCGUGAGCACGUGCCCCCUCCCUUCCAAGGGGCAGCGAGCACUGGGCAUGGGAACCACCUUCUGUCCUUACCAAGGGAAGGGGAUUUGGGGAGGGGGUGACUCUUCUUAUUAGCUUUGGGAACCUCCAAGCCCAGCCUGACCCCACUGCUAUCAGAUCCUUUGCAGCUCAAACUCCACCAUUUGGAGAGGACCAGAGAGGAUAGAGUUGGGGGGAUUCAGAGUGGGGAGGCUGGGGUCUCUCGGGGACGAUAUUUUUUUUCAAUCUCUAGGCCAAAGGUCACAUGCAAGGGUAGCGUGGGAGGGACUCGUCUCCACUUUCCUUCUCCAGAAUCCACUUUUCAUACUAAAGGGAAAGGAGCUUUAGUAAAGUCAUUUCCAUUUUACAGAUGAGGAGACCGAGGCCCAGUGCAGGAAGAGCCGCCUCAGGUCACCUGUGAGUUCAAUGGCACCCUCAACCUGGGCCGCCUCCUCCCACCUGAGGCUGAGCUAGAGCCUGGGCAGGACGAGUAACCUGCCCAUUUCUCACGACCUUUCCUCCUCUCCUCCCAGUGGCCUUGAAAAGAUAGGCAGGGCCAAUUGUAGCCCAUCUGAGAGAUGAGGAAACUGAGGCCCAGAGUCAGCAAACAAGCAGUGGGGACAGAACACGGGUUCCACUGUGCUUCCUUCCUUCACAGGCCAGACCAUCAAUCCAGGGCAUGUCUGCCAUGAUAAAUAUUUGUGGCCUUUAAGCCCUGGCCACCCAGCCCUGCUUGGUUCCAUCUCCAUGGGCCAGUAACUUUUCUGGACCAGGGUUUGGGGAAGAGGGUUGCCAUAGAGACCUAGCUCUCCUGGGGGUCAGGCCCAACUGACUAAGGGUGCACAGAAUUUGGCCCAGGCCUUGCUGACUGGUGGGGGCUCCCGCUGAGGGGCCAUAAUCCUCCAGGACCUACUUGAGAGAGUUAAGAAGUCCCAGGUUCUGCGAGGAGGCUAUGAGGGAGUGAAGUGGCUGUAGUUCACCUCAUCUUAAGGAAAUCCUCACCCAAACUUUCGAGGUAAUAACGUCUGAUUUCCCUGUAGUACUUGCCAAAUGUUUUUGUUUUCAGAGCGCUUUUACCUCGAGUGGACCCUCACAGGAGCCCCUGGGCAGUAGGUGGGGCCUCUAUUAUUAGCCCCAUUUUAAAGAGGGGAAAGCUGAGGCCCUGGGAGGGGAAGGCACCUGCUAAGAUCCUAUUGUGAGUGAGUGGCAGAGCCUGGACCAGAACUCAGUUCUCCAACAGUUCAGAGCUCUUUCUUCUACACUGGGAGGUAAAGCAGUUCAGGGGGUGGUUAUGCACUUUACAAGCUGAUUCACCAUCCAGUUCCUUAAACCAGAAGCUCCUGGGCACACUUCGGUGUUCCAACGCAGCCCUGAGCCCCACUCCCCUUAGAGCACAGCUGUUGCAUCAGGCAAGGCCACCUGCAUUUAUUUAUUGAGCAGCAGUGCUGUGCCAGGCCCAGGGGACCCAGCUGUCCCUGUUCCCCUGUAAUGACUCCUGCAGCUCUCUGGGAGGGCCCUGUGUCUGUAUAGCAGCACCUCAGAGUGAAUGGGAGGCUUUCAUAUCCAUGAGCAUCUGACUCACAAACCCUGUGGAGAGGCUGACCGUGCCCAUUUUAUUCAUAGCUUCUGUGAGAGCAAAGUGGAGACUUGAACCCGGGGCCUCAGGCAUCACAUCUGAAGGCCUUUCACUGGACGGCUGCCUCCUGAGGGGGUGGCAGGAAGGCAGGACUCCAGGUCCGGGUCCACAGGCUGGGGCCUCUGUCCACCCACCUCUCCCUCAUUCCCUGUCUGGGAGCACAGGCCUUUGAGGAGGGAGGGUUUCUGGGGCCCCUGGGUUGGAGUGGGUCACACUGCAUUGUGUUCAUGACCAUGUAGCUCAUGUUGAAAAUUAAAGUUUUUGGCU